CUAGCCGGCUCCACCUUUCAGCCCCGCCCCUCUUUCCUUUGCAGACAAGAUGCAACGACUGUGUGUGUGCGUGCUGAUCUUGGCACUGGCUCUGACCGCCUUCUCUGAAGCUUCCUGGAAGCCCCGCUCCCAGCUGCAGGAUGCACCCUCGGGUCCAGGGGCCAACAGGGGCCUGGAACCACAUUGGCUGAACCGGCUGGGCCCGGCCUCUCACCACCGACGGCAGCUAGGGCUCCAGGGUCCCCCACAGCUGGUGGCAGACCUGUCCAAGAAGCAGGGACCGUGGCUGGAGGAAGAAGAAGCAGCAUACGGAUGGAUGGACUUCGGCCGCCGCAGUGCAGAGGACGGGGACCAACAUCCCUAGAACGGAGCUUCAGAGCCCAGCCUCUCCCAGCCCAGCCCAGCCCAGC